AAGGAGUGUUACUGAGUUAACGUCUGAACGCAUCUAGUUGGUGCUUUAAGAAAACUGACAAAUAGCUGCCGGGAUGUUUCUCCGAUUACUGUCAGAUGUCCGGUGGCGGGCGGCUAACCCAAAAUGGAGAAGAAUGACCUGCUCCCGGCGAUGUACCUCCAGUACAGCAGAACCUCACCCGCUUUCCUUGCCAGCACAGGCGCAGGUUGUCAUCUGUGGCGGUGGAAUCAUGGGCACCUCUGUGGCAUAUCACCUUUCCAAGAUGGGUUGGAAGGAUAUAGUCUUACUUGAGCAGGGCAGGUUGGCUGCUGGUACCACUCGCUUCUGCGCUGGCAUCGUGAGCACAGCCAGGCACGUGUCCAUAGAGCUGAAGAUGGCGGAAUAUUCAAACAAGCUCUACCAGCAGCUGGAACAGGAGACAGGAGUACAAACAGGGUACAUGAAGACAGGCUCUGUUUCAUUGGCUCAGACUCAGGAUCGACUAAUCUCUCUGAAACGCAUUGCUUCAUCGCUGAAUGUAAUGGGGAUACCGUGUGAAAUUAUCACCCCAAAGCAAGUGGCACAGCUCCACCCACUGAUCAACAUCCAUGACCUUGUGGGGGCCAUGUAUGUGCCAGAAGAUGCACUCGUGUCAUCUGCCAAUGUGAGUCUGGCUCUGGCAACCGCUGCCUCACGGAAUGGUGUCCAGAUCCAUGAACGGACAAGUGUCAGUCAUGUCUCAGUCCAGAAGGGUCGUGUGACUGGAGUCGAGACUGACAGAGGACAGAUUCAAUGCCAGUACUUCGUCAACUGUGCUGGCCAGUGGGCCUAUGAGUUGGGCCACUCUGGAGAGGAACCAGUCAAUAUCCCACUCCAUGCCUGUGAACACUUCUACCUCCUGACACAUCCUUUGAAGGACCCUCUGGCAAGCAACUUACCAACUAUUGUAGACCCAGAUGGCAGGAUCUACAUACGCAACUGGCAAGGUGGCAUCCUCUCGGGAGGCUUUGAGAAAAACCCCAAACCUCUUUUCACAGAGGGACGGAACCAACUGGAGAUCCAGAACCUUCAAGAAGACUGGGAUCAUUUUGAGCCACUUCUGAGUGCCCUUCUGCGCAGGAUGCCAGAUUUGGAGGCUCUGCAGAUCAUGCAGUUAGUGAAUUGCCCAGAGUCCUUCACGCCAGAUAUGCGAUGCAUCAUGGGAGAGUCGCCCACCGUGCGGGGCUACUUCGUUCUGGCUGGCAUGAACUCAGCUGGUAUCUCAUAUGGUGGGGGAGCAGGCAAGUACCUGGCAGAGUGGAUGGUAAACGGGUAUCCGUCAGAAAACGUCUGGCCUCUGGAUUUGAAACGUUUUGGUACCCUUCAGAGCAGUCGCACUUUUCUCCGUCACCGUGUGAUGGAAGUAAUGCCCCUCAUGUGUGAUCUGAAAGUUCCCCGUUGGGACUUCCAGACUGGCAGGCAGCUGCGUACUUCGCCACUGUACGACCGUCUGGAUGCCCAGGGAGCUAGAUGGAUGGAGAAGCAUGGAUUUGAGAGAGUCAAGUAUUUUGUCCCACCUGGGAAAGAUCUACUGGAUUUGGAUCAGAGCAAAACCUUUUACAAACCAGACUGGUUUGAUAUUGUGGGUUCCGAAGUCAAGUGCUGUAAGGAAGCGGUUUGUGUCAUUGACAUGUCGUCUUUUACCAAGUUUGAAAUAAGUUCCACAGGAGACCAGGCCCUGGAGAGUCUGCAGUACCUCUUCUCAAACGACCUGGAUGUGCCGGUUGGGCACGUUGUGCAUACAGGCAUGCUUAAUGAGAAAGGAGGUUAUGAGAAUGACUGCAGCAUAGCACGAUUGAGCAAACGCAGCUUCUUCAUGAUUUCCCCUACUGACCAACAAGUCCAUUGCUGGGCCUGGCUGAAGAACCGCUUGCCCGAUGACAGCAACCUGACCAUGGAAGACGUGACCUGGAAGUACACAGCUCUCAAUCUGAUCGGCCCUCGUGCUGUGGAUGUCUUGUCAGAGUUGUCAUAUGCCCCGAUAACUCCAGAACACUUCCCCUCUCUCUUUUGCAAGGAGAUGAGCGUGGGCUAUGCUAAUGGCAUCCGUGUGAUGAGUAUCACUCACACAGGAGAACCUGGUUUCAUGCUUUAUAUCCCCAUAGAGUAUGCCCUUCAUGUGUACAAUGAGGUGAUGAACAUGGGACAGAAGUACGGGAUUCGGAAUGCCGGUUAUUAUGCGCUCCGCAGCCUGCGCAUUGAGAAGUUCUUUGCCUUCUGGGGCCAGGAUCUGGAUGCCUUUACCACUCCUAUGGAGUGUGGACGCGAGUUCCAGGUCAAGCUGGAAAAGGGAAUGCAGUUUGUUGGCCAGGAAGCGCUGUUGGAACAGAAGCAGAAUGGUGUGUACAAACGCUUUACCAUGUUCAUUCUUGAGGACCAUGACACAGAUAUGGACCUCUGGCCCUGGUGGGGGGAGCCCAUUUUCCGCAAUGGCCGCUAUGUGGGUAAGACGACCAGCAGUGCCUACAGCUACACUCUGGAGCGCCACGUUUGCCUCGGCUUCGUGCAGCACUUUGAUGAGAAGACAGGAGAAGAGCUGGUGGUGACGACUGACUUCAUCAACCAGGGCGAGUAUGAGAUCGACAUUGCUGGGCAGCGCUUCCAGGCCAAAGCCAAGCUCUACCCCUUCAGCUCCCUCUUCACGCACCGUCGCCGCAAGGAUGAGGUGGAACUGAGUGGCUACCAGAGGGAGUAGCGCUGACUAGACCUGAUCUGCUCCUUUUCCCAAGCUGGAGUCUUCUCCCACCAUCUUCCAGUCCUAUCUCCUCACCCCAUAUCUAUCUUUCUUUUCCUUUAUUGUCUUGCAACUUUUAAACUUUUUCCAGUGUGUUACAUUUUGUAUAUUUUAAAACUUUAAUUUUCAAGCUUUCUCAACUCUGUCUGUCUCCCUCCUUCAACCCUCUGCUUGCCAGGCUCCCUCAUGCCCCAGAGGAUGAAGCACAGUGCUGAGCAUGCAUCCAGAAGUCCAUGGGAAGCCUGUGUAGGAGUGAACCCCACCAGAUGCCCCAGCCUUAUGGUGAUGGGAAGGGUCCGGGUGAACCCCAAGGACUACACCCUUCCUCUCUCCUCUCCAGCCUAAGGCAUGGGACAGCAGGUAUUUGCCACCUGUAGUUCAGGCGAAUGCUGUGACUUCACCAUGCUCUCCACAUAUCACAUCGUAGAGGGGGCGGUGCGUCGAUGCACACAGCAAUAGAACGAUCAGCUACCUCACUGGCACAAGACAUAGUGUUGUAUGAGCAGCAGCCAAGAGGCAGGUUUUGGUAUAGUCCAGCCUGUCACUACCCCCUUUUGUCCACCAUUUUUUUUCCCUAACAGGGAAUCAAGUAGAUUUAAUCAUCAGAUCGUUGAGAUGACAGUAAUGCUGGUAAGUUUGUUGUUGGGAUUGGAUUUUUUUGCAUGGGGUCACUAAAACUAAAUAGCCUUCUAUAAACAUAAUUGAAGAUCAACAUAUGUGUUUCACUUCUAUAAAGGAAUGGGAUUUGUUUGGGGUUUUUAUUAGCAAAAAUACUGAUUUCUAACAAGGACAGAUGUUAGCGUUUAAUGUUAAUAGCAGUGUUGAAAUGCUGCUUCUGUUUCAGCUGCACGGAAUACGGUCUCGGGGGGUUUCUUUCACUUUCCUUUGUUUAUGGGACUGGGUCAAGCUCGCCUGGCAAGGUUCAUGCAGUGAACACAAGUUUCACGUAAAACCUGUGUUGGUUUGGAGGACUUGAGCAGGAGGAGGGGACAACAUCUUGUGUUUUUAGCUGCCCAUGCUUAUUUUGAAAUUAGAGGAAAGGCCCAGCAUUUGUCUCACCUGUGGUGCUGGCAGUACCGCAAGAAACACUGGUUUUUCUUCUGGUGGUGAGAAAGCAUCUCGGCAGCUCCUGCUGGACUCGAGAAGUUGUCUUCUGUUUUUCUCCUCAGAUCUGUUGCACUUCUUACUUGGCUGUCUUGGUAGUAUCUCAGCUGAAGGGAUUGAAGGGAUUGAGUGUAGCCAGUGUGGCAGUGGGAUUACGACUUGCUUUCCUUCAGCAAAGCUCUUUGCCAUUGUGCUCCUUGUACAGAUGCUUCAGGCAGUGCAACUGGGAUUCACCCCUUCUUCAAGUGUCCAAAUGCACUGACUCAAACACUGGUGGUAAAGAAGUGAGGGAGUGCUGAAUUGUAUUGAACACAGUUACGUCAUCAUCUUUUUUUUUCUUCCCAUGGUGAGCACAAUCGAAAGCAAAGAUUCUCUUUAUUUAUUUGAAAAAGAUCUGUUAAACAUUUUUGCUGCCUCUGCCACCUGUGUACUCAUUAUGGUCUUUCUGCUCCAGCAUCUAUUUUGGCUGGAGUUCAAACACAACCUUGCACUGAUGUCUUCCCUGUGAUGAAACUUUCUCUACAAUCUGGAGCCUUUUGGGGCCACGUUCUUUUCCAGUUAAAUGGCGAGAAGUAGUAGUGUAAAUAUGAGCUCAAAACCUUGCCUGGUUCUUGGUUUAAGUUUACUUUCUGCUGCUUUAGUUGCUUCAGGUCAUGCCUUCGGUUGAGUCUUUGGUCUGCCAGUUCAUGAUCCAGAUGUUCUCAGCAUGCAAAAGGAGUCGGAUAUCCCUACAGCAGCAAAGAUUAAAGACCUUUACACCAUAAAACAGGCUGUCAGAGCAAGCUCCCCCAUCCAGGGUGCUAUGGAAGCUGGGAAAUGUAGGAGUGGAGAGUUGGGAAAGGGUGUAAGAGAACUAAGGAUUUGAGCAUGCGAUGUAGUAGGCUGAACGUAGAUGUCACUCCAUCGAAUGUGCUCUUUGUGAACGGUGAAUUCCUUUGUAGCGUGUGACCUCUUCAAGGAUUUUUAACUUACUUUUGAAUUGAUAUGCAAAAAUUCCCCUCUCUGAAACAUAGUGACCAUCAUGGGACAGCUUUUUGAGAUCUUGCAGCUGAGAGCACUCAGCGUGGCUGCUGUAAGCGGAUAUUGCACGUGAUUGUCAUUUCUUCCAAAUUCCCCUUUUACUGCUCUCUGAAUUUAAUUUUUGUCAGGUGUGUUAGAAUUAAUUGCUUAAAUGAAAGGUUGGUAAGGCAUCUCAUAGCAGUCUCAAAUCCAAUUGUUUCUUGCAUGUCUUUCCCACAUAGAUACUGCAAUCUUGCUGUUCCCAUGCUGGAUGUGCGUACCAGGGAGAACCUUGGUCCCUCCAUUGGCUUUAUGGGACAUGGCUGUGCUUUCCUUAUCCAGGAAAACAGGCGUUCAACCAAAGAAAGAGUUUUGUACGUGACACUUAAGAUGUGUCUUAGAGCAGCCCUUCUGAUUAUUGACCAUUUGUCAUCACUGGUGAGGCAUGAUACUUCCUUGGGAGAAACCAAAGUACACAGAUGAGGUGAGCUACUUGACGCAACUCCUGAAGAGAGGUGUUAGCUUGAACCAUUCACUUUGUUCUCUGCAGAGUUAGAACUAGUUCAGACCAAAAAGGAAAGUUAGCAGCAUGCUGUCCUCUACCAACCACUCGUUCUUGAAAUAUUAUUUAAGUUGCAGCCAGAUUAUGUUCUUCCAUGGCAUUAUUUUUUCUUUUCCCUAAUUUAUAGGGGCCUGUUAGUUCCUCAGACAACUUUUGAUACGGGUGUCUCUUCCCACAGCAGUGCUGACAAUAAAAUUGUGGUUUAUGAGCUACUUUUGUCAUUAUGUAUGCUUAGGUUUACUUUAUGUCUAGAUCUGUUGACUUUUCGAUACCAGAAAGAGAGAGUGAAAAGAAUUUUCCAUGCCAAUAGAUACAGCUUUCUAUAAUGUUACACUUGCUGCUUGAGACUUAGAGAUAGGUGGUUCGAUGAUUGUCAGUCUUGCAGCUUGUUAACGCCUACUCUGGUUUUCCCUGCUAUAAAUUCCAAUUCUUGUUUCAUAUCCGAACCUGUAGUCUUCGGCUGCUGUUCAAGCUUAGUCGAUUUAAUUUCUGGCAGCUGUUUCUAACCUUAUAAUGUUAAAGAAUAGCUUGCCUUCCCCAACUUGAAUACCUGUCAGGGGGACAAUUGGAUAGUAUGUUUUAAAAUAGUGCUGGAUACCAAGACCGAGGAAGGUCCUUCUAAUGUCAUGUUUUCUUCCAGAGGUAUUAAAUGGUGACGUAAGACUAAUCCCUUUAUCUGAUGACUAAAAGUAGAGUGCCUAAAAAAAGAACAACAAAAUCAGUUUAAGAGUUACCACCUUUGGUACAACCUCAAAUUAGGAAAUUAGAAAUCGGAUCUUGGAAGCUGCUGUGACAGAGUCUUAGCAUCUAAGAUGGUAAAUAAUGUGGACUGUGAUGUCAUACAUCAUGAUCCUCAGCCUUAAAACUGCCUUAAAAUGCUUUCUGCUGAGAAAGGUGGUUUGUUCUCAUUCUGCAUGGUAAGACUAUGAACCUUGGGUGGGAAAUACUGAAAUAGCAUCCCCCUCCUUUGCAGGGAAAGGGGUAACGGCCUCAUUCUGUGCUGACGCAGCAGCAGGAGCGUGUUGGCCUGGUGCACCGCCUGCAUAGCCGGUGCAAGGGUGUUACCUUAUUCCUAUCCAGAAUGGGAACAGUCCUAUGGAUAUGUUCAUGCAGGCACCUUUGUGAGAGAAGCACCUGAAGGGAAGCUUAACUGGAGUUUAGUGUGAGAAAAUCAUCUCUCUUUUUGGCUAAAAUAUUCUAGGUUGAGCAUAACCCAUUUUAGGAUAAAUCUACUACCCAUCAGUGACAAAUGUUAAGGAAAGCAUGGAAGUGAGAUACGCCGCUGCGGGUGGCAUGCGCUUGGCACACGUAGCCUUGUUUUUUCUUACCCCAGAAGUCAACAUCUGAGUGGGUUUGCUAGUGCGGCACUGGCGAAUCCAUCUAAAUGUACAGCAUUCCUGUACGCUGGAAGGGUUCUCUCGCCUACGUGUCGUCUGUAGCGUGGGGAACCUGCGCGCCAGCCUCUUCCAUUAAAUGAUUUCUCCAGAGGUAUUCAUGUUGUCUUACCCUUGUUGUGUCCUUUCCUAAGUUCUUAUGUUUUGUUAGUCCUGGAAUCAGUACUGAAAGGCUUGAGUAAAAAUGGUAUUAGAGAAGAGGGACUUUAUUGUUCAUAUUUAAUGAGCUGAGGAUAAAAUUAAAGCAGCCUAAGAACGAUGUUUUCUGUUUCAGGAGGGUGUGUUACAGUGAUUUUCACAUCUGUCUUCACCAGACUUACUGUCUUCUUGUUUUCUUUGUGCCGACUCCAGUGUGCAGAUUUGGUGUGCCUUGUUGGACAGUUUCUUCUUACUACUUUGUGGUGAGGAGGGGAGGCUGUGUGAAACUUGCACUGCAUCUCCGAGUCUCGGUGUAAGCCUGGAUUCUUCCUUUCUGCUGUCACAUUCAAGUUGACACCGAUCUCGUUGCUUUUCCCGCAACACCUCCAGGCUGUGCUGCUGUAGGACCUCUCAUGCGCAAGGUUCCUCUCUUGGUUCCGCCAAGUGCUUCAUCGUCUGGGCCAGGUUGGCUCUAGAUCUGUCUCUCUGCAUUGAUUAACGCUCUUCAGCUUUUAGUUGGUGCAGAUACCAACAUCUGAUGCCUCAGGCGGGUUUGUUGCCACUGUAUAUUCCAUCAUUUAACCCUUCCUCUCCCUCCGCCAGGGUUUUCCCGCACUCCUUAACACUUCCCAAUCUCCUUCUGCAGGCAGCUGAGCACGUUAGUUCCUUUUGCCCAUCAGAGAGCAAGGCAUGGCAAAAUAAAAGCAGGGGAGGGGAUGGCAGAGCAGCUGAGCUGAGGUGAAAAGAGAGGCGUGCUAGCGGUUUGAUCUUUUGCCCAUUACUCAGCCACUUAAGCCCGGCCUUGGAGAGAUGAUCAGUCCCGAUUCCCAGCUCAGGAAGCAUCUUCCUCUGCCGCCUCAGUGUUGGACACACGCUGAGCAACGGCUCUGGACAGAAUUGGGACAGCGUUAUUGAGGAAGCGAGAGCGGUGGUGCCGCUUGUUUUCCAACACACGUUUCCCUCUAUCAUUUCUCAUCCCGAUGAAGGAAGCUGUGCCGCACGGAAGAGGUGGGGAGCGCGCGCUCCAGAUGGCUCAAAACACUUGCCCCUCUCUGGCACAUUCUUGCACUGACAUCUGUGUGCUGGGGCUUCAGUGCAGCACGCUUCAAUGAAAUUGGUUACCUUUUGGAACAAAAUCUAUAAAUACAAAGUAGUUUCAGUGUUGGGGCGGGGGGGGAAGUUGCUUGCAAGGGCAGAAGUCGUUCUUCUCUCAAAUGGAACACUUAGCUGCUGAUAAUGUCCAGCAAAAUGUUCACAACCUUCAGAUUUGUCUUCCCAAAUAAUAUUAUUGUAAUAUUUGGUCAGGUUCAUUUCUGCCCACUUCGGGAUGCUUUUCUGUUUUACACUACCUUUUCCUUAACUGAUUGUUUGGAUUUUUGUUAUUAUUAACCCCCCAUGUUCAGUCAGGGAAGAGGGCUUGGGGAAGGAGGAGUUAAUGUAUGUCAUCAGGUGACUGCAAGCUGUGUCUAAAAAGCAUUUGAAGAUUUUCUUUGCACUUUAAACUUCCCUUAAGCAUCAUGAUUGUAGCGCACUUAUAGCCCUCAGCAAGAGCAGUCUUUGCACUUGAGUGAGGAAAACUUUAAAUAUUUGUAAAUGCCUUAAAGCUUUAGGUGAGGCGUUUGGGUGCCGAUUGUGCCUGCUGUCUGGUUUUCUUCCUGGGGAGCUGCGUGCUGAGUGUACAGAGCAGACACAAACAUCGGCAGAGGUUUUGGAGCAAGCACUGGGGAUGGUGGAAGCUGCUGUUGCAGCUGGAAUUUGUAUCAAACUCAACUAAAUGAGCUGGGAGCCCCAGUGCCUGCACUGCUGUCUGUGCUGACACCUUCCCUCUUCCCCCUCCGCCCCUGGAAAUGGAUUUAUUCAGUAUAUCACUCAUGCUAUAAUGGAUUUUAUUCUUUCUUUAAAGAAGGAAGCCUGGGCUGGUGUAGAGUACUCUGUGAGUGUCCCGUUGCAUUAAAGAAAACACAAUUCUCUGCUUGAAUGCCUCCCUGCUGUACCAGCCAACAUUUGCAAGCAGGAGUCGGGAAAAGCGGGAGCGGAGGGGAUCUGCUGCUGCCCAUAGCGUUUGUUGAGAUGGCUCUGAGACUUCUCAUCAUCUCCCAUUUGUCUCAAAGUUCUGCCGGAUUCCCGAUGUCAAGCCAGCUUCUGAGUUACAGCACAAAACCAAGCGCUGCUUUGCAGGUGUGACGCACUACACUGAUUUACUUUCUUCAGAGGCAUCAGUUGUUCAGAAUAAGGGAUCUCCGUGAAGAGGAGUGGGAAAUUGUAAUGAAAGAGGCACUGGAGAAAGGUGUUCACGUUAAUAUUUAGUGAUCUGUCAAUGCUGUUAACAGCCCAUCUUCCUGCACGGAUGCUUGGCACCUGCUACCAACAGAGCAGGUACCCGGGAGUCAGCCAUCCCAACUAGGGCACGAUCCAUUUUGUAGGUAUGGAGAAAAGUCCUACACUGUUGCUUUUCACCAUGCCACCGCUGAGCUUCUUUCCAUGCUACAAAUCGUUUUCUCUACUUUCCCUGCAGUGGGACAGGCUCCACUUAACGCCUUUCUUUCAUUAGAAGUAGAAGCAGGUGAGUGUCCCUGAAGUUGCUGACAGGUUCUCCUGUGCCUCGUGGUCAGGCUUGCCGCAGGGCACGGCCCUGCUCCAUACAUGCUUCUGCUGAAGAAGUGGCCCAAGCUACGCUUGGGGGAAAGGAGCCUGUGCUGUGAGUGCAAUUGUUUCCUGCGGUUUUCCUGAUAGUGUUUCCUGCAUCUUCAGGGAAAAGUUGGGGAGAACCCUUUUUGACCCAGAUCAACUCCUUACUGCUGCUCCAUGACAACAUGCUGCUCUCUGCUCUGUUCCCAGCUGUGCAGGCGUGACGGCUCCUGCUGUCGUUGCCAGUUUUACAGGAGACCUGAGCUCUGUGGGAGAAGGGCUUCCCGGUUCUUGGACAGGUACCCGGUGCAGGUCUCCUGAGCAGAGACUGCCAUCUUGUGAACUACACCAGUACAUCCCUUCUCCACCAUUGCUUCUGGUUAGCAGGUUCACCGGCUUACUGACCCAAAGCCCCUUCGUGCUUUUAUCACCCUCCCGAGACCAGAUUUUAAAGGGCUGGGAGGACUUCUGAAGUGUGCUACUGCUGAAAUUUUAAGAACAAGUGAAGUUUGAACCCGCAAAAACAUUUUUCUAGUGCCUUACACUUGUGAAUGUUGUGCAAUGGAUGUAGCUGAGGUGGGACAGAGCAAGGAGUGGUGUCAGUAGCAUGGUUCCCCAUCCACAACAGCCAUCUCCCUCUCCCCUUGCAGGGUCUCGGCAAGCAGAUGUCAACAGAUCACCUCUAGCAGUGCGGGGAUGCUUUUUGAUCCCUUUUCGAUCUGGGGUUGUAGAAAUGUUAAACUGUAAGGCCUUGUGCCGGGUGGCCUGCCUUUGAGAGGAGCAGUGGGCUCACCUCGGACGGUUUCGGGUUCAGAGGGGUUUGGGAGAGACAAAGCUGCUCUGGUUGCUACACCCCGUGGUGGAGGACAUGGACAGUUGUUACCAAACGCACAGGUCGGGGUGAGUUUGCUGCUCUCCGCUGAGGCCGUGUUGUUAUGUACGCUGUAUUUAUAUCGUGCUUUAUUUCAUUUAGUAUUUUGGUUGGCUUCAAUGUUGCUAGGUUUGUAUAUUAAUAAA